AUGGUUGAAAAAAGAUUGUACGAUGGAGACGAGGAGUCCUCGCAGAAGACAACAUACUGGUUGAAUCGGAGAAAGGCCAGAAAGACCAGCAAGACCAAGGUGCAGGUUCUGUUUAAGGGAGAUCCUGAAGGAAAGCCGUUAGCAGAUCCUUUUCUCCCCUUUUUGCAACUCCUAGGAGGAAAGGAGCCCCUUGAUAAUGUGCAAAUGCGAUGGAAUUUGUAUAACGAGUACUGGGCGAAACAACAAUCGACGAUCGACACAAUUCUCGUAAACUCGGGUGUCCAGCUUCUCGAGGAUAUGAAACGGUUUGUAGAGAGCCCUUUGACUCACAAAGCAGCAAGGCUAUCUACGGCCAUUAUUCUCCCGGGGUCCAACAUCUCCAACCAUACCAGACUCUUCGACCAGAUUGAAGCCAGAAUACUCCUGAAUCCCGCCUCUAAGGUUUUACGUCUCUCAUCUCAGCAGUGUCCUAACAUCAGAAAGGCGUUGGCCUCGCUUGUACGAAGCUUUCAGGAUCUGGUGGACGAAGUCUCACAGGGUGAGUCUGACGACGAUGAGGAAGAAGGGGAAGAUGAAUUCUAUGAGACCCCUGCAGCCAGCUCUGGUAAAAAGUUGCGGUACGAUUUGGAUACUCUAACUGAAUGGAGCGACGGUUACUUCGCCACCGAAGGCCAGACAUUAUCCGACACCAGCCUAAGAAUGGCGGUGUUCAUUCAAGAUGCCGAGGCCUUUGAGGUGAGUGUAUUGUCACAGCUCAUCCAGUUAUUUUCGCUCCAGACGGCCAAGAUUCCGCUAAAAUUAGUCCUAUGCGUGUCAUCGUCGUUGGAAAUUUUUCAAGAACGCUUUCCCAGAACCACGCUUCGCCUCUUGGACGCUACCAAAUUCGAUGGAGAAAACUCUGAGUUCAUCUACACCCAGAUCUGCGACCAGGUGUUGUUGAAUCGGGGCAGCCAUUCCGUCACGUUAGGGCCGAAGUUUGUGCUGAGCGUGUUGGAUAAGCAGGUCAAAUCGAGCAAGUCGAUUGAUUCCAUCGUCCGCUCUUUGAAGUACUGCUACAUGACCUUUUUCUACUCCCAGCCCUUGUCGGUAUUAAUCGGCGGGCAGAACCGCGGAAACACAGAAUUGACCCAAGCGCACAUUAGCGCUCUCCGCAAACUUCCCUCGUUUCAGCGACACAUCGAAGGGUUAUUAAAGGGGGCCGGCUCCGGGAAAUUGAAGAAAGAAAAGAUCAUGGUACUUCUUGAGGACGACGAGGCUGUUCUCAAGCUUUUGCCAGCAGCCUAUGACGACUUUUCGAGAGUUAUGAACAGCGUUUUAGACCGGUUGGACUUGGUAAGGCUACUCCAGAACAACGCCGACGUCACCGUCACCCCGAAAGUUGAAUUAUACUAUUUUGCACUUGACAACCGGCUUUUUAACUCACAGUUUUCUGCUGAAGUGAUUGGUGCGUUUAGAAAAACCCCACACACGGCGGUUUUGAGAUUCUUGACCCAGCUUAGGAAGCUCGGGGAAACCCUGUCAACAAUCGCAGAACUCGCCGCCUUGGUCACCACUGCAUUGGGCGACGAUAUUGACCAGUUAGCGUCUGGAAAUGAAGAUUGUGUGAGUGCUGCUGGGCUUACACUCAAAGGUAAGGCUGUGUUCAGGCGCAUUAUCGAUCCGUUGUGCCAACACGUGGAGACAUUCAUCAAUCAGAAGGUUUACGACUCUGAGAAAAGUUUUACCCUCUCUGACAUUCUCUUCCAUGAGCUAUUCGUGAUUGACCGUGACGAGCUACUUGCAUCCGCCUUCAGCCCCUGUGUGAGACCCACGGUUGAGGAUUCUCUUGUGGAUUCACGCAAGUACCUUUUGUGUCUGGGGGGCACACCGGAGGAGUCAGAUCCAUACUUUGGCAUCGCAAUUCUCAUUGACCCCAUCAUCAGUGAGUUGUUCAGGUUGUACCGUGAAGCCAACACGGUGAUCAACAUCCACGAUUUCUUUAUCGCGUUCCAGGAGCUCAUCCCGAAGGAUAAGCUCAUGCCAUUGCUAGUGGAAGUGAUGGAAACAAAGGAGGCGGAAAGGGUGUUUUCCAAAACGGAAUUGGACAGCAUGUACCGGUUCCUCAUGGACUAUGACGAUAACGCCGAGCUAGAUCUCAAGUGGGAGAAGAUCACCUUGUCGUGGUUUUUGCAAGGGAUCAGUGAAUUGUCAAUGCUCGGUUUCUUGAAGGACGGUAACAAGCGAAGCGAAUCGCUUGAAAAGUUGAUCUGGAAGGGGUUAUAA